AUGAGGAGGAAGAGGCCUCUCCAUGUGCCGCCAUCGAAGAGGACAAGGCAAGAGGAGUCAACGGAUGAGGAGGAAGAGGCCUCUCCCCCCGUAACUCCUCCCUUUGUUGCUGGAGAUUAUGGUAGUGCUGCUGUGGCAACAGAAGCGAUAGCGACAACAGAAGCAGCAGCGCCAACAGCAGCAACAGAAGAAGAAGAUACAGCAGAAAUUCUGCGGCAGCAUAUAUUGCAGUAUGUUGGCCAAAUUUUAGCAGACGAUGACGGGAGGACAGGAGGGGAAGAAGAAGUAGAGUACGCUGUAUGGGAUGAUUUACUAACAGGCAUGCAGGAUACGCCGCCCAUACAAGAAGGAGAGAAAGAAACGGGAGAAGAGAGGGAGAGGAAAAGAAGGAAACGAAAAAGUAAAGAAGAAAAAGGAGGGAAUGGGAGGACAGUGCGCCAAAAAGAUGCGCUUGAAGGCGUUCGGUCGCCUGCCCACAGCCCGCUUUGGUCUGAUGAUGGAGCAGAAGUAGAAACAAAAGCAGGAGAAGAAAAGGAGAAGGCAGAACAAGAUACACCCGUACGAAAACGAAAGAAAGAAAGGGGAAACGAGAACGAGACAAAAAGAAGGAAACGAAAAAGGGAAGAAGAAAGAGGAGGGAAGCGGAGGCAAGUGCGCCAAAAAGAUGCGUUUGACGGCGUUGGGUCGCCUGGCCUCAGCCCGCUUUGGUCUGAUGAUGGAGCAGAAGUAGGAAGGAAAGCAGGAGAAGAAGAGGAGAAGGCAGAGGAACAUAUACCCGUACAAGGACGAGGGAAAAAAACGGGAAACAAGAAGGAGACAAAAAGAAGGAAAGAAAAAAGGCAAGAAAAACGAGGAGGGCAUGGGAGGCAAGUGCGCCGAGAAGAUUCGUUUGGAAGCAGUGAGUCUCCUGACCUUAGCCCACUUUGGUCUGAUGAUGCAUCAGAAGUAGGACUAUAUGCAGGAGAAGAAGAGGAAAUCUCAGAAGAAGAUACAUCCUUUGCAGAUUCUGGUGACGAGGGUCCUUCUACUGGUCCUAGUUUUGCACUGCUUACGAGACUUCAGCGGCGGGGAGGGAGGAGAAGAACAGAAAGAGAGUUCAUAGGUAGGGCAGUAGGAAGUUUUAGAUUCGAUCCUAGUCAGCCAUCUAAAGGACUAGUCCUAGUAAACCAGCGUGGACGAGGCUGGACGAGACAAGAGGCGUUACCGGAGGUGGAGGGAGAGCCUUUUUCCCCCUUAUCUCCUCUCUAUGCUGCUGGGGAUCAUGAUGGUGCUGAUGUAACAACAGAAGAGUCGUCAACAACAGAAACGGCGUCGCCUACAGCAACAACAGAAGAAGAAGAUGCAGUAGAAGAACUGCACCAGCACAUGGUGCUAUACGUCGGGGAUUUGUUAGCAGAAGAUGAGGGGAGUAUAGCAACAGAAGAAUUAGAUUACGCUGGAUGGCUGGCAUUACUAACAGACAUGCAAGAUAUGCAGUCCAUAGGAGAACGAGAGGAAGAGGCGGGAAACGAGGAGACAAAAAGAAGGAAACGAAGAAGGAAAGAAGAAAGAGGAGGGAAGGAGAGGCAAGUACGCCAAAUAGAUUCGACUGAAAACGAUUGGCUGCCUUUCCUCAGCCCGUUUUUGUCCGAUGAUGAAUCAGAAGUAGGAACAAGAGCAGGAGAAGAAAAGGAAAAGUCCGAAGAAGAUACACGUGUUACAGAUUCUGGUGACGAGGGUCCUUCUACUGGUCUUAGUGCUGCACAGCGUAAGAGAGUGCAGCGGCGGAGAAGGAGGAGAAGAAGAGAAGGCAGUUUCUUAGCUAGUGUAGCAGCAGCAUUCCCGUUCGAUCCUCGUUAUCAACCUCAAGGAACAGUCCUAGUAAAUCCCAUUGGUUGCCCGUCUGAUGAAGAGGAAGAACAACAACAGCAACAAGAAAAAGAACAACAACUGCAACAAGAAAAAGAAGAAAGAGAAGAGGGGAUGGAAGAACGAACAAGAAGACAUACAUCGAGACAACUGGAAUACACCGUUCGUGUACCACAUAUCGGCGCCUCGUACGUCGUUGGCAGCAAAGAAAUCACAGACGAAAGUGUAAGGAUUUAUGAUUCGUUCUGUUAUUUUAUGGAUUUUGCUGCUGGUUUUGUCAUUAUAAAUAGAAAUAAGGAAGUGAUGUAG